AUGCCACCAUACGGGUUAGGAUUCCCUAGCGACACAUCUCAGAGCGCAUACUACCCGGGAGAGUCCAUAAUUACUAGGGACGAGAUAUCAGCGGUCUCUCGCUUGUUAGAGAAACAUUCAAUAUUUCCUGAGAAUACACGGAUCCAAAAAGUAUCAGGACCUAAUGCGCAUACAUUCGAGGUCUUACGAGCAUCUGUCGAGCACAAUAGUGAACUAUCUAUACUCGAAAUACCUAGCCUCGGUGCUACCAUGAAAGUCAAAGGAGGUGAUCACUCCCAAGAGCUCGCAAGGAUCUGCGCUUCUUUAUCUGAAGCGAAGAAAUUUGCAGCCAAUGAGAAACAGGAGCGUUUCUUGUCUCAAUAUAUCGAAAGUUUCAGAACAGGCGAUCUGGAGGUUUAUCGUGAUUCGCAACGAACAUGGAUUACGGAUAAGAGCCCUCGCGUUGAGAACAUCUUCGGAUUUGUGGAACCGUAUAGAGAUCCAUACGGGAUUCGCGCAGAGUUCGAAGGUCUAGUAGCAAUCAAGGAUCUUGAGGAAACAUCAAAACUGAUGAAACUUGUCGAGAAUUCUGACAUUUUCAUCAAGAGGCUUCCUUGGGCUAGAAACGAUGAGAACGAUGGCAAAGGACCCUUCGAAAAAGCUCUUUUUGAGCCGCCGGAUCUUACAAGCAUUCACUCUCUCGCAUAUUGCUCAAGUAUCAUAUUCCCGGGUAUCAACUUGCCAAAUUACAAUGAUAUCCGUGACGAGUUCGGUUUCAAGAACGUAAUAAUUGCAAAUCGUAUGAGUGCUGAAGGGAGCAAAGCACAUCGGAGCCCUUUCAUCGAUCCUGCCGAACUCGACUCCUUCCAAAGAGCAAAGUACCCUGCCUAUUACUGGUGGGUCGUUCUUCACGAACUUCUCGGCCAUGGCACCGGAAGAAUGAUGACCGAAGAGUCGGACGGCAAGUUCAAUUUCGACAUUCAUAAUCCGCCAGUAAAUCCCCUGUCUGGUAAGCCUAUCACAACUUGGUACAAACUGGGACAGACGUGGACGGGCCAAUUUGGCGACUUAGCUACAACUGUGGAUGAAUGUAGAGCGGAGCUCGUGGGAGCUUAUCUUAUGGAUGAUGUGGAAUUACUCAAGUUGUUGGGCUAUGACGAAAACUCUGAAAUUACGGCCGCAGAUUUGACAUAUAACCUAUACCUGCAGCUUGGGGUAGAUGGACUUCGUGGGCUGGCAAAUUUCAACGUUGAGGAUAGGGUAAGAUAA